GCGACCCUCAUCCGUGCCGGUUUGCUCUGCACUGAGCAAGAUGUCACUCAAGGGCCUCGAGGGUCAUUGGGUGCUUAGCCAAGAGUUCCUGUUGGUGGUGGUGCUGCUGCUGUUAGGGCCCUCAGAGCCUCUAAUGAGGACCCAGACAAAACCAGGCAUCGCUGAUGCUUCCACUGCACCAAGCCCCCUCAGAACACUCACCAAGCCUGCCAUCUUCAGCAUUCCAACCACUCCUGGCAACCCCAAUUUCCCAGACCUGCGAGAUCGCACCAGAGCCCUGAUGCAGGACUUCCCGCUUAUAGAUGGCCACAAUGACCUGCCUCUUGUUCUGAGGCAAUUUUCCCAGAAUGGACUACAAGAUACUAACCUGAGAAACUUCACCCGUGGCCAGACCAGCCUGAAUAGGCUUAAAGAUGGCUUUGUGGGAGCCCAGUUCUGGUCUGCUUACGUACCAUGCCAGACCCAGGACCGGGAUGCCCUGCGCCUCACACUGGAGCAGAUCGACCUCAUUCGCCGUAUGUGUGCCUCUUAUUCUGAGCUGGAACUUGUGACCUCAGUUCAAGCUCUGAACAGCACCCAGAAAUUGGCCUGCCUCAUUGGUGUGGAGGGUGGCCAUUCACUAGACAAUAGCCUCGCUGUGCUUCGAAGUUUCUACCUGCUGGGGGUGCGUUACCUGACACUCACACACACCUGCAACACACCCUGGGCAGAGAGCUCAUCUAAGGACGUCCACUCAUUCUACAGCAGUGUCAAAGGACUGACCAGCUUUGGUGAGAAGGUGGUGGCAGAAAUGAAUCGCUUAGGGAUGAUGAUUGAUUUGUCCCAUGUCUCAGACGCUACAGCCCGGCAGGCUUUGGAAGUAUCACAAGCACCUGUGAUCUUCUCCCACUCGGCUGCCAGAGCCGUGUGCCCAAAUGCUCGGAAUCUCCCUGAUGAUAUCCUGCAGCUUCUGAAGAAGAAUGGUGGCAUCGUGAUGGUGACCUUUGCUGUAGGAGUGUUACCCUGCAACCCAUUAGCCAAUGUAUCCACUGUGGCAGAUCACUUUGAUCACAUCAGGACAGUCAUUGGAUCCGAGUUCAUCGGAGUUGGUGGAGAUUAUGACGGUACCAAGCAGUUCCCUCAGGGGCUGGAGGAUGUGUCUACAUACCCAGUGCUCAUAGAGGAGUUGCUGAGACGAGGCUGGGGUGAACAAGAGCUUCAUGGUGUCCUUCGAGGGAACCUGCUUCGGGUCUUCAGACAGGUGGAACAGGUACGAGAGAAAAACAAAUGGCAGAGUCCCCUGGAAGACAUGAUUCCAGAGGAGCAGCUGGACAGUGCUUGCCACUCAGUCUUACCUCGUCGGAGACAGUAUCCAGAAAAGGACCCACCAGAGACUCCAGAAUCUCAUACACACAAGUUAUCACCCAAGAUGCCGUACUCAAAAUCCUCUCCCCUCAGAGCCCCAAGCCUUACCAUUAUGGCCGCCUUUUUAGGCCUUCUCAUAUGACUUUUAGAGGACACCCAGUCCUCUCAGAUAUCAUUCCGGCACCCCAAGAGCCCCUCCACUUUAUUUCCUGGAAGUAAAUGCUUUGGACGUAGAAACA